GGUGAGAAAGCCGAGACAUAUUUUACAUGUUUCAGUGCCAUCACACGUCGUGGUUACAACCACCAGACAGAGGAAGUAAAGGACAUUGUCAAAUGGUGCCUUUACUUCAAGGACCAGGCGACAGUGUCCGACGUGUGGUGGCACGAGCUACACAUGCGGUUCAAGGCCACCAUCCCAUGCCUCAACUGGCUGAAUAUGGAGAAGAAAGUCCAGAAUGACUUCAUUCCUUACCAGCUUGAGGAUGGGGUAAGAGAUUCAAAUGCAGCCUCCCGGAGUGUACGUGACAUCAUCCGGAAACAUCUCAUGAUGACAGAAAACCAGCACCUUCUGGAGGCAGACGAGCCAGAGGUCUCCUUCAGGUAUGGACUGGACGGCAGACCACAGGCCAAGAAUAACAUCAUUGGCGCUGUCAUGGCCUGCAUUACUCCAGUCCGAGACCUGGAGGAGGCCCUGGUGCGUCCGCGAACAGUGCGAGAAGAGUACUGUGUAUUUUUGUAUAAUGGAAAAGAAGACUAUGAAGAACAGGUCAAGGCGGGAUCACGAGUAUUCCGAGAAAUGGAGGAUAUCCAGGCAAAUGGAAUUCAGAUGGAGGUCGAAGGAGUUGAGAAGCUCAUUCGUGUAAAGUGGUAUAUCAUCUCUGAUUGGAAGGCACUGGCCAUCAUGAUGGGACUUGUGGGACCUACUGGUAGGCACGGCUUGUUAUAG